CCCUUAUCGGAAGUAGUUACUUCACGACAGUGUAAACAAAAGAGCUGCAAUGUCUUGAUCUUUUUCGACAAUUACUAGACUAUACCGUGUACCAAAAUGACAUCGCAGGAAAAGAUCAAGCGUCUCACAGAGGGACUGCAGGAAUCUCAGGAGCAGACCCGUGGUGUCCUGCAGGGGCUGCAGAAACUGGAGGCAGCUAAGAAGGACAAGGAGAACAAGGCAGCCCUCGAGGCUCUUGAGGGGCAGCUGCAGGAGGCACUGCACAACAUGAAAAAGCUUGAGAAAGAGAUCCAAGAAACACAGAGUGAUAUCAGCCUGAAGUUGGGUCGCAAAUCAGCUCCACCAGAAAGAAGGAAACCACUGGACCCAGAUGAACAGGAAAUGGCAUACGAAAUCAAGUCGCAGCUGAUGAAGAACAUUGAGAUUCAGAACCAGAAGUUGAAGACGGAGUUCACGCUUCACGAGAAGAUGACCGAGUCACGGAUGCUGAGUCAGCAGAAUAAACGUCUGCAUGAGGAUGUCACAAUGUCUCGCGCAAAUUCCAUGAGGCUUAUUAAGAUGUUUGAGCGCAAAGCAAAAGAAGCUGAUACAAAGUUGAAAGAGAUGGCGCAAGAGGUAACCAGAUCUCAGGACCUAGCUGAGAAAUACCGCAAUCUUUACGAGCUGGAGCGUCGUAAGAAUCUCAAAGAGGGGGAUCAGCUUCCGCCCAUCGACGUCCAGGACAAUCUCCCCAACAAGGAAUCCACAUACACGUUCCUAGGGGGAAACACAAGGGUCAACGACGUUAUACGAAAGAAUGAGGUUUUAACAGAAGAAAACUAUGACUUGCGACGAGAAAUUAAAAGGUUAAAAGAGGACAAUCAACGAUUCCUUAAGCAGACUAAGACAGCAAUGGCUGACAGGGAUCAGAUGUUGCACAAGCUGGAGACCAGUGAACAAAAUCGAAGGGACUUGCUGAAACGCUUGGAAAAAGAGAAGGGCCAGCACCAGCUGCUGUCUAAGAGUCUCACACGGCAAGCAUCUGAUUGGAUACUUCUGAAGAAACAGAUUGCCCAGUUUGAUGAAGAGUAUCGCUGGAGCCAGGUAGGGCGGGUGGAUCCACAAACUGCUGAUGAGAGAUCACGAGUUCAUCACGUGACCAAAAACGUCUACAUGCCCCGUAAAAUGUACCCCGUUGAAGAGUAUGACAAAACUGCAACACAAGCAUGAGUGUCAAAACAUAACAGAGUGAUGUCCCUUUAUUGAAUCUUUUAUGUUAAAAAUAAGAAAAAAUCCGAUAUGGAUUAAACAUUAGAAUAAUAAAUAACAAUCAUCUAUAAGUCAUUAUAUUUACUUCCAAUGUGCAGGAUUAUGCUUCCAUAAAUAUAACACAAGAAUAUUUAUAUUGUAUUUUGAAAUGUUAAACAAUGAUUUUUUAAAUUUCCUUUUUUGUUUUGUUUGACCUUGAGUUUUAUGUUUCCUGGGUUGUUGCAUAAAUAACAUUUAACGAUAGAAAAUUAAGCUGUGUUUAUAUCAUAUGAAGAUAUUCUUUUCUUAAUUAUCCCAUUUAUGCCUAGCGUCUAGAAAAAAGGCCUUGGCAAACAGCGUAGAUCUCCCAGAUGAGAUGCCGCAUGAUGCAGCAUCUCAUCAGGGUCUGUGCUGUUUGCUUAAAGGAAUUUUUGUAAGAAAUAUUCUUAAUAUAGAAAUAAAUAUACUAGACAUCCCUAAUUUUGGAAAUAAAUUGACCCAAUUUAGAAGGAUGGAAGAGUCCACUAGGCAUAAAUGGGUUAAAAUACAGAUUCCAAUUCUAAAAUUAGGCACCAAUUGCUAUAAUCAUACAUGUACAUUUUACACAACAAAAGGCUAUGUUCUUUAAUGUUUCUAACAAUAAUUUUCCAAGUCUCUUUUGACUUUUAUGUAAUUUAUAGAAAUUGUUAAAACAAAUUUUUCCACCGAUAAGUUUGAUCUUGAUAAAAAUAUACAUUUGGUAUCCAUUUGUUCUGUGUUGGGAGUCUAUUAUCACUGAAUUCAGAUAAUUGGUCCAUUUUAUGGACAGAAUUAAGAAAAAUAAAACCUCCAUUGUUGUGUUUUCUUUUUUUUUCAUAAACAUACUUAAUACAAAACUGUAUCUAAAAGCAUCUAAACUUGGUAUCCAUUUAUUUGUUUAACUUUGGUUUACUACAAAGCAUCCAUUCAUUUUAAAUUAAAAGUUCUCAGUUUUAAGCAUGAAAUCUGUAUUACUCAAAUGUAAUCAAUUGAUGUAAAGAAAUACUGAUAAAAAACACAAGAAUUGUAUGGGAUUCUAGUUAGCAUCAUAACCAACACACAUUUGUUCUCUUAAAAUGAAUCAUCAACCUAUUAAAUAGGGUCAGUAAGUAUAUUAUUAUCUAUUAUUCAUUUCUUUUUUAAUACACUUUUUAUGCCCCCGAAGAAGGGCAUAUAGUGAUCAGACCUUCUGUCCGUCUGUUCUUCCGUCACACUUUGCAUCUAGGUUUCGCAUUUAGGUUUAAAAAAAAAUGCUCAUAACUUCUAUGUCCCUUCACAUUGCAACUUGAUAUUUGGCAUGCAUGUGUAUCUCAUGGAGCUGCACAUUUUGAGUGGUGAAAGGUCACGGUCAUCCUUCAAGGUCAAAGGUAAAAAAACAUGUAUCAAGCGGCCCAGUAGGGGGCAUUGUGUUUCUGACAAACACAAUGUCAUCUCUUGUUUGGGUUAAAUUUUUCAUGUAAUGUGAAUUGUUACUAUUGUUUAGUUUUUAAAUUUAUUGAGAAUGUGUUGCCAACUGAAUAAAAUAUGUUUAAUGUGAUGUUUUUAAGACCAUAAGUAAGACUUUAACAUGUACAUGAAUGUUAUGGAUCUAGUGCUUUUUAGCAACAGUCUUUGUAUAGCUAAAUCCAAAGAAUUUACAUAGCACAUUUGAAUGUAUUACCGGUAUAAUGUACUGCACCUUAUUGCAUGUGUUGGAACACUUUUAACUUCAUAAUAUCCUGAAGCCCAUCUCUUUUAUUUGCUUCUAGUAUCACAGUAAUUAGUCUGUAAACUUCUAAAUAUGGAUGUUACAUUUAUCUUAAUUUUAAUAAAAUCUUAAUAUGUUCCUAUUAUUAUUUUUCUUUUUGGCAUACUGUAAUUAACUUAUGAAGUGUUUUGACCCUGUCAUUAAAAAUGUAUACUCCUAUAUGUUUUCUAUUGUAUCUGUGAUAUUUACAUUUGAUUUACAUGUUGAUUAAAUGGAACUACAAGAUUAAUAGGAAUAGGUUACACUGUAAGGUUUUCACCAUUGCGAGACUUUUAAUGUGUUAAUGUAUAUUUACUUUUUUGUAUUUUUAGUGUAAUGAAACACAUGAACACGUAAACUCUGUUAUAUUAGUGGAUGGUAUUAAGUUAACUUUUUAAGUAAGUGAUAUUAUUUUUAACAAUUUUAAAAAUAACACUCCAAUUUUGAUAUAUGGAAUCUUUAAGAUUGUUUCUGAGACAUUUUAACAAACUUGCAUGCAGUCUUGUAGUUUUAGUGUUUAUUUUGUUGUUUAUUGCAUUGUUGUUUAUGAGAACUCUGAUGCAAAGUGAUAUUAGUUGAUUACAUAUAGUUUUGUUUUUUUGCAUUGUGGUUGAUGGCUUUAUACACCAAUAUCAGCAUUUUAUUGUUAAAAAUAAUGUCCUAGUGGAACACUACCUAAAAUAGUAAUGCAUUAAGAACUUAUAUAUUGUUCAAUCUAAGCUGAAUUAAUUAUUGGUAUACAAUGAAAUUAAAUAUAAUUGGAGCAGUUUUUCUUUAGACUAAAUGAAGGAUCAGUGGUUUUAAAAACAAUCCUUCAUAUGUUAUAGAGCUUGUUUUUAUAUUUGUCAUCAAAUAAAUAAGCUGUGAUAAAGAUUGUUGAGAAAUGUGCCCUUUUGGCAUAAAUAAAGCUUUAAGUAUUAA